UUGAAUCAUUGUGCUUUGAUACUCCAAUUUCUUUGAUCUUUUACCAUGUACAUUUUCAGGUAACACUGAUGAGUGGUAAAAAGGAAAAAGUAAAUGGAAACGUAGCAAAUAGUAGUGAAGCUUUCCUCGGCGUCAUUGUCAAGUUACAACAAAUCCCAGAACGAGGGGGACAGCUCCCCAAAUCCUAUUGUUUUAGAGGUAAAACAAUAUAAAAUAUGCAUGCGAUUGCUCUUAACAAAACCAAGUAGACGAUAGAUCCCGAUUUCACGUGCCACCAGUCUUUCCUCCCAUUCUUUAUAUAUAUAUUCAUCACCGAAGGUACAAUGUCCAGCAGGCAGCACAGCAGCAGCGCCUAUUUUUUUCACAGUCGCUGACUACUGAUCCAUUCCAUUCCAUGCAAAUUGCAAGCGAGUAGCGACAGCUCUUUUCCUGUUCCGCUUGGAUUCCUAUCAAAAUCGAGGAUUGUAUGUGGGGGCUUCUGUGACCCCACUCGUGUCUAACAAGCGGUUCACAUUCAAUCUUGCAGAUCAAAUUUGAAGCGCUACCCUACAGGAGUAUCACAUCAGCUGCAUCUGGUCAAAACCUCCUUCCUGAAAAUGCCCAAGGUUGUGCGAAAACCAAAGGGAGAAAUUGAGAAGUGAAAAUUGAACUGAAACUAGUAAAAGCUCCGAAAUCAAGACCGGACAAAACAUGAAGUAACUAAGCAAAGCACCGAGAUCGAGAAAAACCCAAGACUCAAAGCACAUCCUAGUUAGCAAAGAAGUAGCGAGGAGGAAGACCGGAAUCAAUGGGUUUCACCAUGGGCUUGAACUUCCCUCUCUUGGCCAUGGUGGCAACCAACAUCCUCUCCCUUUAUCACCUCUCCUCUACCGUCCAAUCUCCCAAACCUCCUGCACGCCCUAUCCCGGACCACCUCCUCCGCCAGCUGAACACCAUACGCGCCACCAUCAACGACCUCACGCGCCAUAACCCUUCCAGCACCACCACAGCGAAACCCACCUCCACCGUACCUCAGGAUCUCCUCCUCUACUCCCAAAUCGCCCCCAUUGCUUCUUCCUGCCACAACCACCCUGACCUUCUACAUAAAUACAUGACUUACACUCCUUUCUCAAUCUGCCCUCAUGAUCCUGACCUUCAAGAAACGCUUAUUCUCAACGGUUGCCACCCACUUCCACGUCGGCGUUGCUUCUCAAAACCCCUCAAAACCCUCUUCCUCUCUUCCCUGAACCCGUUCCCAACUUCCCUCCCUGAUUCUUCUGUAAUCUGGAACAAAUACUCAUGUAAAUCUUUUGCCUGUCUUUUACAAAACAACCCCGUAGGUUUCGAUCUCAACGCUCAACGGUCUUCCCUGCUAAAAUACUCUUCUGAACUCGAUCUUCCUAUCAACCAGUUCAUGCAAUUGGCCAAGUCAGCCAAUUCGGUGAUCCGUCUUGGCAUUGACAUAGGCGGCGGAACUGGAACCUUUGCUGCUUUAAUGAAAAAAUUCUACAACGUUACGACUACGACUACCAUGAACGUCAAUGCACCUUACAACGAAGCCGUGGCCUUAAGAGGGUUGGUGCCUAUACACGUGCCGUUGCAGCAGAGGUUGCCGGUUUUCGACGGGACGAUGGAUCUGGUCCGGUGUGGGAGGGCGGUGAACAGGUGGAUACCGGUGAAGGUGAUGGAGUUUAUGUUUUACGAUGUGGAUAGAGUGCUGAGAGGAGGAGGGUACUUGUGGGUGGAUCGGUUCUUUAGUAAGGGAGUGGAUCUGGAGAAAAUUUAUGGGCCAUUGAUUGGGAAGCGGUAUACGAAAGUGAAGUGGGCAGUUGCUAAUAAGACGGAUUCAAGUGGGUUGAAGAAUGGGGAAGUUUACUUGACUGCUUUGUUGCAAAAGCCUGUUUCAAAGUGAUGUUGGGAAUUGAGGAAUCAUUGAUUUUUUGAGAUAUUGAUGUCUGAUCACAAUCUCAUGGAUGCCGGAAAUGCCACCACCUAUUCGAAGAUUAUUGUCUGCACUCAGAAAAGCUGGAAACCCUUGCUUGAGUGACAAAGCAACUUAAAUCAUUCCCGCUAACGUGGAUUGGGAUUUCAGCAGCUUCUCAAUGUUGUAAAGAUUGUAGAUGUGCAAAAAAAAAAAAAAAAAAACCAACAAUUAUAGGCAGUGGAGGGUAUUGUAAAAUCACAAGGUUCUCUCAUAAAAGUGGUCGAAGUGGAUGGCCAUCAUUCAUUUUUCAACUACUCGUUAUAACAUUUUGUUGCUGUCUAUAAAUAUAUGUGUAGAACAAUCACCAAAUAAUGGACUUAUACCUUUCUUUUAUUUA